AGAGCGCGAGAUAGAAAUCCAGGAGCGCGGACAUCCUGGGCGCUCCGCAGCAGCUGGGCUUGGUUAUAACAGCGCUGAUCCUCCAUCAUCACCGCUUGCUACAGCGUAAAGGCAUUAAUCACGGGGAUUACAACGAGAUAAUACCGAGUCCAUCCGCACAUAACGUGCAGUGACCGCUGGAGAAAUCAGUUUCUGAGCGUAAACAAUAGAAACAGAGGGAAAUGUCCUGGUGGCCGCGCGGUGAGGAUGGAGAGGAGGUCAUGCAUCCGGACACUGAUUCUGAUGUGGCAGAGCAGAGGGAUGGAGGGAAACUGAAGGUGAAAUGGACUCAAGAGGAGGAUGACAAGCUUAAGGCGCUGGUUCAAAAACUGGGACCAAAUGACUGGAAAACAAUAGCCAGCUGCAUACCUAGUCACACUGAACAUCAGUGCCAGCAUCGCUGGUUUAAAGUCUUGGACCCAGAAUUAGUGAAAGGUCCCUGGACUAAAGAGGAAGAUGAGAAGGUUAUAGAGCUUGUGAAUCUUUAUGGCAACAAACAGUGGGCACUGGUAGCCAAGCACCUGAAGGGCAGGCUGGGGAAGCAGUGCAGAGAGCGCUGGCACAAUCACCUUAAUCCCAGUGUUAAGAAGUCGUCUUGGACGGCUGAGGAGGACCUCAUCAUCUACAAGGCUCACUGCCUGCUCGGAAACCGCUGGGCUGAGAUCGCAAAACUGCUCCCUGGAAGGACGGACAAUGCAGUGAAGAAUCACUGGAAUUCGACCAUUAAGCGCAAGUUAGAGAUGGGUUUCUACGCCAGGGAGGUCUUGGGGCCCAAUGAGCUUGAGGAGCUGUGGGCUCGUGUCAGUAAGGAUGUGCAGAUGCCCAUUUGCUCUGAAGACAAUUUAGAAAAGGACUCGGAGCAGAAAAUCCCACCUUCAUCUCAGGAAACAUCAGCUAAAGCUGGGACUUCAAAGUCUGUCCCCUCCCCGAGCAACAGUCUGAGCCCCAAGAGUGAGGUGGACAGCACAGGAGCAGUGAGCUGCACCAGCUGGGUGGUGGACAGCUCUGGGUUUCUCUCCCCCACUGGCCCUGUUCUGAAGGAAAUGUUGGACAUGGUGGAUGGGGACCUCGAUGGCUGGUGCAACCUUGCAGCCUUUGACCUACCUGACGACAAUCCAAGCCCAGAGCGACACCAGUUUCGUUUGGAAGGCAGUACCUUGCAGGAGCUGAGCAAAGGCAGCAAAGGGGAACUCAUCCCCAUCUCUCCCGGAGGCGUUACGCCACCCUCCAUACUGAGCCACCGGAGCCGGAGAUGCAUUGCUUUGUCUCCUGACACCAACAAGUCCAUGACUCCCAAGAGCACCCCUGUUAAAAUUUUGCCCUUUUCUCCAUCUCAAUUUCUCAACAUGUGGACCAAGCAGGACACUCAUGACUUAGAGAACCCGUCCCUCACGUCCACGCCUGUGUGCAGCCAGAAAGCCAUUGUUACUACACCGCUACAGCGAGACAAGACCCCCCUCACUCAAAAGGAAAACUCUGUUUUUGUUACACCCAACCACAAGUCCGAGCUGUGUACCCCACGAACUCCGACCCCGUUCAAAAAUGCCAUGGAGAAGUACGGGCCUCUGCAGCCUCUGCCUCAGACUCCGAACCUUGAAGACGACAUAAAUGAGGUCAUCUUGAGAGAUGCAGGGAUCAGCUUGGUCAUUUGCUCGACUCCGCCUGAACAGAGACGCAAAACAGUGCAUCGCCCUCCAAUGAAGAAAGUGCGGAAAUCGUUGGCCCUGGAUGUCGUGGACUGCCAGGUGAUGCCUACAUCCAAACGCAAAUCGGCCAAACACAGUAUCAAGGACGAGCCUAUGCUGGUUUCUGUCAGCCCUUCAUCGUUUUGCAGCAAGCGACAUGAAAAUAUUUUGGAUCAGGGCUUCCUUUUGGGGCCGAGCGACAGCGCCAUAUUUCCCAGCACAGUGCCACCAGUUCCAAUGUCAAAAGAAUGGGAAAUGGUUGUUUGUGGACAAACUAAAGACCAGCUGAUAAUGACCGAGAAAGCCCGACGCUACCUUCGCUCACUAAAAUCCCACGCUCCCAGCCGCGCUCUGAUUCUAUCCUGAGAUGGCUCAUUUUUACACCAAAGUGUUACCCAUCCAGAACUUAACAUUGCUGGUUUCCCCUUUCUUUUCUGGGCCUGGUGUAUUUUGUGGUGGAGGACAGGUCAGGUCAGCGUUUGAAUAACCCAUUAGUGAUUGACAGUGUAGUCCUGUCUGAAAGAGACUGUUGCUUUUAGAUGUAGACUCACUCUUACAGGCUGCCAGGCAUGUUUAAUUCUAGUGUUGUUAAUUCAGUGAGUUUGGAAAAAAAAAAAGAAUGUAUAAAUGAAAAAUCAAGGCUGUGUACUUUUGCUAUCACUGAAAAAGGGUUUUUACAUGACGUGUCUGUGAUUAAACUUUUUUUUUUUUUUAACUUUGUAUUUUGUACACACACACAUUCAGGUUACGCCUCCAUAUCUAUGUUCUAAGUUAUGGAGGAAAUUAACAGGUUGAUCAGUAAUACAUUUAGGGAACACUUGUAAGAUCUAUAAUGCAUCUAAGUACCCACAAAAUGUAGCUCCCCACACAGUGGGAAAAAAUGGACAUUAAUGAUUUCUAUAAAGGUGACUACCCAUCCAGAUCCAACAAAAUGAUGCAUAUGUCUGAGGUUUUAUUCUGUAAUAGUCAUUUACCUGAGAUACAAUGAAGGUGUAAAAUCUGUCCCAACUGUUGGUGGAAAGGUUAUAAAUAAUUUGACACUGUAAACAUUUAGAGUUGAUUGUGUACAACAUUGUGUUAUGGAAUUGAA